CCUGUGACAUGAACAAAAAAAUAUAUAACAAUGUCUAUAAAUUAGUUCAAUAUAUAUAUAAAAAACAUACUAGUUUAAGCUCUUGAAGCUUUUCAAUGUCUUACGACAAGGAGCUAGCAGCAGCAAAGAAAGCCGUCUCUCUAGCUGCUUGUCUCAGCCAGGAGGUGCAGAAGACUCUGCUGCAAUCCCAAGUAUGGAGAAAAUCCGACAGAAGUCCUGUUACCGCAGCUGAUUACGGCUCACAAGCUGUAGUUAGUCUUGUAUUGGAGAGGGAGCUCCAACCUGAAAAACUGUCCUUAGUAGCUGAAGAGGAAACUGGAGAUCUGCGAAAGAAGGGAAGUGAGGAGUUUCUGGAAGGUAUUACAAAGCUUGUGAAAGAUACUCUAGCUUCUGAGGGAUCGUAUGCUGGCUCUCCUCUAUCCACAGAUGAUGUGUUAAAUGCUAUAGACAGCGGUAAAUCAGAAGGCGGUUGUAGUGGCUGCCACUGGAUUCUUGACCCUAUAGAUGGAACAAAAGGAUUUGUAAGAGGAGAGCAAUACGCGGUGGGAUUAGCCUUGCUAGUGGAAGGCAAAGUGGUGGUCGGUGUCAUGGCUUGCCCGAAUCUUCCUGUGGCUUCUGCAGUUGGUGAGACGGAGAAGUCUUCCUCAGAAAAUGUUGGCUGCCUUUUCUUUGCUACAACUGGUUCAGGGACUUUCGUGCAACCUCUCAAUGGAAAUUCUUCGCCACAGAAGGUUCAGGUGAGUAGCAAUGAUGUUCUUGAAGAAGCAAAGUUCUUAGAAUCAUACCAUAAACCAAUUCCCAUCCAUGGUACCAUUGCAAAGAAACUCGGGAUCAAAGCAUUACCUGUAAGGAUCGAUAGCCAAGCUAAGUAUGCAGCUAUGUGCCGAGGUGACGCAGAGAUAUACUUGCGUUUCACGCUCAAUGGAUACAGUGAGUGUAUAUGGGACCAUGCUGCUGGUACAAUCAUCACCACAGAAGCUGGAGGCGUAGUGUGCGAUGCUGCAGGGAAGUCUCUAGACUUCUCGAAAGGAAAGUAUCUUGCUCACAAGACGGGGAUCAUAGUUACCACCAAGAAACUCAAGCCAUGGAUUUUGAAAGCAGUCAGAGAAUCUAUGGAAGAGGAGAAUCUUUGUUUCUGAGACACAACUGAAGCUGUACAAUAUUUGUAAUUGUCUGAACUGGUAACUGGUGUAUAUGCUUAGUCCAUAUAGUUGGAUGCGUCAGCUAUGAAAGAAUAAUGAUACUAAGAAAAAUUCAGUUUUA